AUGAUGUUCAGCAAGGCCCUACUUGCGUGCCUCGUCAUUAUCUCUAUCGACGGUGUGCUUUCCACUGGCGGAGGCAAUUCCGAAAAGCCCGGUGUAUGUCCGAGAGCAAGAAGUUCAGACUACGACAAAAAGGCGGAGUGUACUAGCGAUGCUGGUUGUCCUGGAAACCAGAAAUGUUGUGCAGAGGGCUACGGACGCGUGUGUAAGCCACCAAUAACACCAGUGGAUUGCAGCAAAUCGGACUGCAAGGCCCAGACCUGCGCUAAAAAGUACACGCCGUACGGCAAAUGCUGUCCCACCUGCAAAGAAGAUUACGACUACAAGUACUGUAUGUUAGGAGACAGAAAAUACAAAGACGACCAAAACGUUCCCUGUAGCGACCCCUGCAAGAUAUGCACGUGUAAGGGCGGGAAGGUGAACUGCCAGCGACGAGCGUGUCCUAGACCCGAUUGCUACGACUCCUAUGUCCCGACUGGAAAGUGUUGUCCCGUCUGCAAAGAAGCUGACCUUAGAUGUAUAGUUAACGGUACGAAAUACGAGAACGGUGCUUCCGUUCCGGAUGACAACCCAUGCCUGGUGUGCACGUGCAACAAGGGGAAUGUGGAGUGCAUAAAGAAAGAUUGCGCCAAGCCAACGUGCCAGUAUCCGUAUACCCGUGCUGGCGAAUGCUGUCCUGUCUGCAACAACGGUUGUGUGAUCAAUGGAGUGAGUUACGAAGAAGGUGAAGAAGUUCUUGCCGAUGACCCAUGUGACAUCUGCACGUGCUCCCAGGGUGACGUCGACUGCAUGCCCCGCGCAUGCGACCCGCUCACGUGCACGAACACCUAUGUGCCGUACGGAGAAUGUUGUCCAGUCUGCAAAAAAGGUUGUACUCUAAAUGGCGUGAACUACAAUGAAGGUGACACCGUCCCAGAUGAUAACCCGUGUGCCAAGUGCAAGUGCACGAACGGGGACGUCACGUGCUCGUACACAAACUGCACCAAUCCGAAUUGCGACAACAGCUUCACGCCGAAGGGAGAGUGUUGCCCGAAAUGCGUCGAAGGAUGUGAAAUGAAUGGCGUUACCUACAAGGAAGGCCAAACGGUCCCAGAUGAAAACCCAUGCGCAAACUGCGUGUGUCGGAACGGCCUCGUCCGCUGUAACUACACCACAUGCGCGACAUUGACCUGUGCUAACAAGGUGAAACCGGCCGGUAAAUGUUGUCCCGAAUGUAGAGAAGGUUGUGUGAGGAACGGAAAGACGUACAAGGAAGGAGAAAAGGUCCCGGAUGACAACCCGUGCGCUUCCUGCACGUGUCAGAAAGGUGACGUCACGUGCACCUACACCACGUGCACCGCACUGACGUGUAAGGACCAAUUCCGACCCCAGGGCGAGUGUUGUGCCAAAUGCCGGGAGGGCUGUGUUAUGAACGGAAAGACAUACAAGGAAGGGGAAAGCGUCCCAGACGGCAACCCGUGCGCCACCUGCACGUGCAAAGGUGGCGAGGUCGAGUGUACAUACAAGACGUGCGUGGCGCUACCUUGCGCCAACACUUAUAUACCGAGUGGAGCGUGCUGUCCUGUAUGCAAGGAAGGCUGUAGUGUUGGAGGCAAAGACUACAAAGAAGGUGAAAAAGUGCCGGAUAAUGACGUCUGCAAGGACUGCACGUGCAAGAAUGCAGAUGUCGUCUGCAAAUACAAGUUCUGCAGCCCCCUGACAUGUGACCUUACCUACCAACCGGAAAACGAGUGCUGUCCAAAGUGCAAGACUGGCUGUGUAAUGAACGGAACAAGCUAUGCAGAAGGCGCUCCAGUGCCCGACUCGAACCCGUGUGCCACGUGCACGUGCCAACAGGGCGCGGUCGUUUGUACGUACAAACCGUGCGACCCGCUCACGUGCAAUGACCAGUACGUACCGGCCGGGGAGUGCUGCGCCAAAUGUCAGACGGAUUGCGUGAAAAAUGGAAAAACAUACAAAGACGGAGAGAACGUACCAGACGACAACCCGUGCGCCACGUGCACCUGCAAGAGCGGUGACGUCACAUGUACAUACACUGCCUGUACCAAACUGACUUGCGUGGACCAGUAUGUACCACCUGGAAAGUGUUGCCCUGUAUGCAGGGAAGGAUGUACGAUGAACGGUACCACAUACAAGGAAGGUGACCCCGUGCCAAACCCGAACCCUUGCGCCAAAUGCGUGUGCAGGGACGGUGAUGUCGACUGCACGUACGACACGUGCGUGAUCCCAACAUGCGCCAACACGUUUACACCCCAGGGCAAGUGCUGUCCGGUGUGCGUGGAUUAUUGUAUGAAAGAUGGAAAGCGCUACGAAGAUGGCGCAGAUGUUCCUGACGAUGACCCGUGCACCAAUUGCACGUGCAAGAACGGAGAGAUCAAGUGCACGUGCAAACUGUGCGAACGGUUGACCUGUAAACGGGUGUACACACCAACCGGAGAGUGUUGUCCGGUCUGCGUGAACGGCUGCAGUGUGAAUGGAACAAACUACAAGGAACAGGACAAGGUACCUUCUACUGACCCUUGUCAGACCUGCACAUGCGUCAACGGAAUGGUUUUGUGCACGUUCACGUCAUGUAGCGUGCCGUUGUGCGAGAAUAAAUACAAACCCGCGGGCCAGUGUUGUCCGGAAUGCGUUAAAGAAUGCCUUGUGGAUGGGAAAACAUACAAAGAAGGAGAAACCGUCCCAGAUAAUAACCCGUGCGCCACGUGCACGUGCAAGAAUGGCGCAGUGGAAUGCACGUAUAAAGCAUGCAAUGUGCUGAACUGUAAAAACCAAGUGAGAAAACCGGGACAGUGUUGCGCUGAGUGUAAACAGGAAUGCGAAUUUGAAGGCAAAACGUACAAAGAAAACGAGAAUGUCCCGAACGCGGACCCGUGCGCCACGUGCACGUGCGAGAACGGUCACGUGAACUGUAAAUACGCCCAAUGCGCGGCACUCUCGUGUCUGAACACGCACACACCGAAGGGCAAGUGUUGUCCGGAAUGCAGAACCGGAUGCGUGAUGGACGGAAAGACCUACAAAGAAGACGAAGUUGUUCCCAACAGCGACCCCUGCGCGGAAUGCAAGUGCCGACAAGGCGCGGUCCGAUGUUCGUUCAAGACCUGUAACAAGCUGACAUGCGAGAACGUGUACAAAUCCCCGGGCGAAUGUUGUCCCCAGUGUCUCACUACUUGCACGGUGAAUGGAACUACAUACAAGAACGGCGACAAAGUGCCCAACUCUAACCCCUGCGCCUCGUGCACGUGUGACAACGGUCAGGUCACGUGCACGGUGACCAAGUGUACGGCACUGCUGUGCGAGGACCAGUACAGACCGGAAGGGCAGUGCUGUUGCAUCUGUAGGGAAGGUUGUGAACGUGACGGGAAAAAGUACAAGGAUGGCGACACCGUACCGGACAGCAACCCAUGCGCCAAAUGCACGUGCACUAAGAGUGGAGUGCGUUGUUACUACGACAGAUGCACGAAUUUGACUUGUCCGCACCAGACGAAACCGGAUGACAAGUGUUGUGCGACUUGCGUUAACGAAUGUGAAAUGGAUGGGAAGAAAUACACAGAAGGUCAGUCGGUGCCCUCAAGUAAUCCGUGCGCAAAGUGCACGUGUCGUAGCGGAAGCGUCGAUUGCGUCAUCACCACGUGCGAGCCCCUCGCGUGCUCGAACACGGUCCAGCCUGCAGACAAGUGUUGCCCCGUCUGCGUUAAGGAAUGCGUGGUGAACGGAACGAAAUAUAAGGAAGGCGACAAAGUACCCCAUCCCAACCCUUGUGCCGACUGCAAGUGCCGUGACGGGGGCGUGGACUGCGUCUAUAAACCUUGCCCCAUACCGAAAUGCAAAUACACGUUCACACCUAGCGGGGAAUGCUGCCCGAAAUGUAGAGAAGGCUGUGUAAUGAACGGCAAGACCUACAAAGAAGGACAAUCGGUGCCAAGCGCAAACCCAUGCGCCACGUGCGUGUGCGAGAACGGAGAGGUCACGUGUGACUACAAGAACUGCACCCAGCUCUCGUGCGACGACCAGUUGAGACCGGAAGGACAGUGCUGCGCUGCGUGUGCGGAAGGCUGCGAGAAGGAUGGCAAGAAAUACAAGGAGGGCGAGUCAAUUCCGGGCAACAACGCUUGCGAAUCGUGCAAAUGUACGCAGGGGAAGGUUGUAUGCACGUACACAUCUUGUCAAACACUAACUUGUACCAACAAAGUCACCAACCCCGGAAAAUGCUGUCCGGAUUGUGUCCAAGUAUGCAAAAUGAACGGGAAGGAUUAUAAAGAAGGUGAGAACGUGCCCAGCGAUGACCCGUGCCAAACCUGCACGUGCCGAAACGGUGACAUCGACUGCGUGUAUAAUGACUGCGUACCUCCUAAGUGCCCCAACACAUAUACACCAAAAGGCAAAUGUUGCCCGGAGUGCGUGCAAGGCUGUACAAUGAAUGGCAAGACGUACAAAGACGGCGAGGCCGUUCCGACCAAGGAUCCGUGCGAGAAUUGUACGUGCAACAACGGAGACGUGGACUGCGACUACACGGCAUGUGCCCCUCCACCUUGCGACAUAUCGUACACACCAGUCGCGAAGUGCUGUCCCGUGUGUAGAACAGAUUGCGUUCGAAACGGGAAGACAUACAAAGACGGUGAGAGCGUUCCAGACGACAACCCGUGCGCCACGUGCAAGUGCGUGAAGGGCGUGGUCAAGUGCGGCUACAAGGAAUGUACACCUUUGACGUGCGCAGCUUCGUACAGACCAAAGGGAGAAUGUUGUGCCAAAUGCAAGGAAGGUUGUGAAAAAAACGGACAGAAGUAUGAACACGGACAAACUGUUCCCGAUAGCGACCCUUGUAAAACGUGCCGCUGCCUCAGUGGGGAGGUUAAGUGUGACACGAUCUCCUGUCCAAAGCUGGCAUGCUACGACACGUACAAACCGGCCGGAAGGUGUUGUCCACGCUGUAAAGAAAGUUGCACGCGUGACGGCAAAACCUACGAACACGGAAAACCGGUUCCGGACGCUGACCCCUGCAGGAAUUGCACGUGCGACAACGGUAGAGUGAGAUGCGACAUCGUGGUCUGCCCGAUAAUGAAUUGCUACGUCACUGUCCCACAGCCAGGAAAAUGUUGCCCGAUAUGUAAAGAAUAUAACAAAUGCAAGACGACCGGGCAGUACGCCGCAGAAUAUAAGCAUGGCUAUAACACUCCCAGCGAGGAUCCGUGCAAGUAUUGCACGUGCGUAGACGGCAAGAUGGAAUGUGAGGACUACGCAUGCCCAAAACUCACCUGCGGGGAAUACGAGCGGAUAAAGCCGAAGGGAAAAUGCUGCCAAGUGUGCAAAGAAAAGAAACCGUGCAACAAAGGACCAUAUGGAAAAGAUUACGAUGAUGGCGACUAUGUCCCAGACUACAAACCGUGCAAGAAAUGCCGCUGUAACUAUGGCAACAUCGAAUGCGAGGAUAGCAAAUACGGUUGCUAGGCAAACACCGAAGACCCAACGACAACUGAAUCUUGCAGACGACAUUGUGAACAAUUUGUGUUGUUACCGGACUAAAACUAACGUUGUCGUCUACGUAUGAUGUUGUGUGUAUAAUUAUAUAUUUCUUGUGCAAUAAAUGUAUGACGCAUAA